GUGGCUAGAGGAACCGCGCCUGGGCAGGUUCUGAACCGCCGGCGUGGACCGUGGGGGACCCUGCUCUUUACCUACCACGGUCCAGGACUCUGCUCAUGCGAUGCCGGCUGCGCCGCCUGCCAGGGUGCCCACGGCUCCUCGGCAUGGGAGUCAGUUGCAUACCGGCUGCAAGACAGCACCCGAUAUGAAAGUGUUCUAAGGACUGAACUUUGUUUCCACGUUGACCCUUCUCUUUGGUUGUUGACGCUGUUAACAGGGUACAGCAGGAGGAGCGGGACCCUGGUGGAAAGAUCCCAUCCAUAAAUUUGACUGCAGAGGUCCUAGGAGAAUGAGUGCAAACAAGCCGGAAGAAGAAGACACCUUGACCAUGGCCUCUCCAUCCUCUUUCCACUUGGAGGAGGAGGACAGUCUGAAGGGGUGUGAGCUGUAUGUUCAGAAACACAGCAUCCAGCAGGUGCUUAAAGACUGCAUCGUGCACCUCUGCAUCUCCAAGCCUGAUCGCCCCAUGAAGUUCCUCCGGGAGCACUUCGAGAAGCUAGAGAAGGAAGAAAACAGGCAGAUUCUGGCCCGGCAGAAGUCAAACUCGCAACCAGAGUCCCAUGACGAGGAGGUGUCGCCGACCCCCCCAAACCCGGUGGUGAAGGCCCGCCGGCGGCGAGGGGGCGUGAGUGCAGAGGUCUACACAGAGGAGGAUGCGGUGUCCUACGUCAGGAAGGUCAUUCCCAAGGACUACAAGACCAUGACCGCGCUGGCCAAAGCCAUCUCUAAGAACGUGCUCUUCGCUCACUUGGACGACAAUGAGAGAAGUGACAUCUUUGAUGCCAUGUUCCCUGUCACUCACAUCGCCGGGGAGACAGUCAUUCAGCAAGGGAAUGAAGGAGAUAAUUUCUACGUAAUUGACCAAGGAGAAGUAGAUGUGUAUGUGAAUGGAGAGUGGGUGACCAACAUCAGUGAAGGGGGCAGCUUUGGGGAGCUGGCACUCAUCUACGGCACCCCCAGGGCUGCUACAGUGAAGGCCAAGACGGACCUUAAGCUCUGGGGCAUCGACCGUGACAGCUACCGGCGCAUCCUCAUGGGCAGCACACUGAGGAAACGGAAGAUGUAUGAAGAGUUCCUCAGCAAGGUCUCCAUCCUAGAGUCCCUGGAGAAGUGGGAACGCCUGACUGUGGCCGAUGCCCUGGAGCCUGUGCAAUUUGAAGAUGGAGAGAAAAUUGUGGUCCAGGGAGAACCCGGGGAUGGUUUCUACAUCAUCACAGAGGGCACAGCCUCUGUCCUCCAGCGCCGGUCCCCCAGCGAGGAGUACGUGGAGGUGGGGCGCCUUGGGCCCUCUGACUACUUCGGGGAGAUCGCACUGCUGCUGAACCGGCCUCGUGCAGCCACUGUGGUGGCCCGGGGACCCCUCAAGUGCGUCAAGCUGGACCGGCCCCGCUUUGAGCGCGUGCUGGGCCCUUGCUCCGAGAUCCUCAAGAGAAACAUCCAGCGCUACAACAGCUUCAUCUCCCUCACCGUCUGAGCCCGCCCAUGCCGCAGCGCUCCCUGUGUGGCUGCAGUUCCUGCUCCCUGUGUCUGGGGUCUGGGAGUCAUGGGGAGGUAGCAGGAUGGGGCUGGCAUCCCUACACGGGACCUCCCCUUCCUCUGGACUCGUUUUUUUGGAAUAAAUAACCACCGUGUGCAUAUCAAAAACAAAGGGCAAGCAAACAUCCCAAGACCCGGGAAGUGACAGGCCAGCUCCCCUCCCACACACUUCCUCCUGUCCACCCCUUGUCUUAGGGGGCCCACCUGACCCUCUCCACAUCUCCUGGGCCGUGCUUGUCAGGUCCCCAGCCCCAGGGGCAGACAGGUCAGGUUGUGGAGAUCACGCCAGCUCUGGGUCCUACCAAGGCUCAGGAGGAGCAUGAGGGCUUCCAGCCACCUUACAGUUCUGUCCCCUAGAACCAUAGGAAACCACCCUGGGGCCCUACGGACCCUGCGAGACCGGGCUUAUCAGGUCUAGGCACAAGUGUGGGACAGAUUGUGUCAAUGGGAGUGUUCCUUGAGGGACACUCAGGCUGGGAUAGAAAUUGAGGCCCAUUCCCACAAGGGCCCAGAGGAAGCCGGGGGCCCCUUCUCCUGUCAGGGGACCAGUCCACAGGCCUCAGGCAGACCCAUAGACCACUCUGUGCUCAGAGCACUGGGAGGAGCCAGCCUGAGUCUGGUGGCUUGUCCUCACCUCUUGGAAAGUUCAUCCCCAGGUGGGCCAACCACACCCACCAGCCUUUGGGCAGCUGGUUAGCCUAUGGCCUCUCACUGGUUGGUGCCCAGAAUGGGCAGAAUACACCACUGAGCUUGGGAAUUUCCAGGAUCUGCUCAGCACUGGGCUGGGUCAUUUAUUCCUUGGAGUUGAGGGAGCCAAAACAAUGUCAGGUCACUUCUCUGCCCAGGGGCGUCUGAGAGACUUGGAGGGAAAGUGAGCUUUCAGAGACAUCUGGAUUGAGUUAGAGGAACGGGAGUCCCUCUUAGCUGUUCCCCACAGAUUUGCCCACGUCCAGCCUGAGUCCCAGCCCCGUGUCCCUUGACCGUUCCCUAGGUGUGAGGGAAUAUAGUAAGUCAACCCAGUCGCAGGUCCCACACCCCGAAACCAUCCACCGGCUUGUCUCUUAAACCUGUCUCCAGUGCCAUGAUGAUAUGGAGCUGAGGGAGCGCUGAGUCUGUUGAAAUGUGACCAACUCCCUGUUGCCCUGCCGUGUGGUCCUGGGGAGGCGCCCUCCCGCUGGCCUCCAGCGCCCCCUGCGCCCUGGCCGUGCCCAUCCUGCCUGUGUCGUGGGCUCUGUGGACUUGUGUGCCCUCCUGCUCGUCUUGCUGAGUGCUGCAUGAACUAUUAAACGUGCAAUGAGGUACCUC